UGACUCGUGUGUAAUUAGCGAUAUGAAACAUUGCGCGUUUUUUCCCUCGAUUAUAUUCCUCAGAAAAUGUAAAGUUCCUUUUCAAAAGUUCACCUUUGAUGGCUGCGUAAUCUAGUCCAACAUGUUCUACAAAUUAUGGGUCUUAAAUUUAACUUUUAUCAUAGUCACUUUGCAGGAAUAUUAUGGUGUAAUAAAGUGCGAGGGCCAAAUNAUCCAGGAACAGCGCCCGUUCCAGAAGGCGCGAGAGUGAUAAACACAACAUACAACUAUGUGGACGUGCGGUGGGAUUCCAUCCCUAAGAGUAAUUUUACCAACGGAACAGUAAAGGGUUAUACUGUCGCAGUUAUAAAAAUUGGCGGUUCUGAAUAUGACGAGACUUUGCUGAUCACUAGUUGUCACUCAGAGGGGAUAAAUGUCACAAAUCUUGAGGAAAACACGAAGUAUUGUGUCCAAGUGGCGGCCUUUACUGAAUAUGGCAAAGGCAAUAGUACCCCAUGCAUGUCAGUGGUUAGUGGAGAGAGAGCCAGAGUAGACUUCACUGCAUUCAACGAAAGCUCGACAUCUAUUCGAUUGAAAUGGGACAACAAUAUACCAAUCCCAAUCGAUGACGGUCAGCAAAAUGGAUUGAAAAUAGAUUAUCGUCUGGCUGAUAUCACCACAGGACGAAGUCGAUUAUUCUGUGGCGACGAAAGCACUUAUUUGUUCAGCAAUUUGACUGUAUUCACCAAUUACUGUUUUAAUGUAGCGGGCUUCCAAAAGGGUGAAAUUAUCACAAAGAUAAAUAACAGCCAAUGCGUCUACACUGACGAAGAAGCGCCUAGCGGACCGCCUCUUGACGUCACAGCCCGAAAUGAAAGCUCUACCAGCAUCAACGUGACCUGGAAACCAAUCAAUGAAAGUUUGCAGCACGGAAUAAUCCUUGGGUAUCGUAUUGCAUACGUGAAUGAGGAGUUAUCAUCUGCUCGGCGUCGAAAGCGACGGAGUGUGCAAACCUUUGACGUAACUGUGUUUGAACAAAACAAUCUGACAUGGGUUAUUGAGAAAUUAGAAAAAUUCACCAAUUAUUGCAUAGCAGUGGUGGGAUUUAAUAGUAAGGGCAAUGGAAAAAAAAGUGACUUGGUUUGCAUUAUGACAGAUGAGGACGUACCCAGUCUAGCGCCAAAUAUCUCAGCUGGAUACAACACAAGCUCAACAAGUAUUGCGAUUGAGUGGAAUGAAAUACCCAGAACAUUUAUCCACGGAUAUCUGCUGGGUUACCAAAUUUCUUAUAGACAGAUAAACGGCAAGUUAGACGGUUCCCAAACAGCUGUUAUCGUAGAUACCCCUCCUCACGCAGGAAAUAAAAGCUUUUCAGGUUUAUAUGUGUACACCAAAUACUGUAUUCGCCUGGCCGGUAGAACACGAAUUGGAACUGGAAAGUGGAGUGAAUGUUCGAAUAUUACAACUGACGAAGAAAUCCCAACAUCUCCCCCACUUGAUGUCAAAGCUAUUGACGACACCAGCAUAAAUUCCUUGAAUGUGUCGUGGAAGGCACCUGUCGAACUCAACGGCGAGUUAACUGGCUACAAGAUUGUGGCAGAGACGACACUUGAAAACGGGACGACCCUAACAGACGAAAUUAUGACGUGUGACAACCAUAUCACUCUAACAGACCUUGAUAUGAAUACUGAAUACAAGAUACGAGUGGCUGCAAGUACACGAAAAGGACUGGGACCCUUCAGUGAAGUAGAACUUGGAGAAACUUGCAAUUGUCCCGAAACUUUAGAAGUAGUUGCUCAUCCCAGUUCCUUUGACGCAAAAGGAAAAUCCACGCUGAGGCAGACAAUCGAAGAAUUGGUAUUGGAAGCCUGCGGCGAAUGUCAUACACACGAACACAAAACAACAAGGCUUAUUUCAGCAGAUCGGGAGGAUGACGCCGACUUGACGUUUCCAAUUGUAAAAUUUGUUGAGAGCGCACAGGAAGCAAGUGGAACAAAGUUUGUGGCGGUGCUUCAUGUACCAGGCUUGGUUGUUCUUAAAAGGAAAACAGAAAAAGAAUUAGGGGCUUACGAAAAGGUCAUGGCGAACUGCGUGGUCAAUUCCUGGCCCAUAUACGCAAUAUUUGGAGUAAUGACUCUUGCUGCUGCCCUGCUAAUUUGGAUAUUGGAUACGCACAGCAAUCCGGAAGAAUUUCCACCAACAAUUGUCAAAGGGACUGGUGAAGGAUUAUGGUGGGCCUUUAUCACUGUAACAACGUUGGGGUACGGAGAUCGAACACCAAAAUCUGAUCCAGCUAAACUGUUUGCCAUGGUAUGGUUCUUAAUCGGGAUGAUUGUGUUUGGCCUUUUCUCCAGUGCUAUUACCACUGCUCUGACAGUUGUCGUGGUAACCGGAGGACCCCAAGGAGAUGCAAAUAAACUCAUAAACAUUUCCACCAUAAAAGAUUCCCAAGAACAGCGCAUUGCGGUGAGGAAAUUGUCUAACAAAUUCAAUAUAGGUACUUCGUAUGCCAAUCUUUCAGAAUUGGCGGAUGCUCUUAGGACUGGGAAAACUGAUGCCAUUUUGUUAGAUAUGUAUGUUCACAUGAAGAGAAAAGACUUAUUUAACCACACCACUACCUGGUACACAGUCACUGAAGUAGUUGAUAAGGAACUGACUCAUGGUAUUGUACUAAGAGGUGCUUCGACAAAACUCGCUAAAGAGCUUGAAGACUUUAUACAAGACAGAAACAUAGAAAGAAAUUUUCUUGACGACAAGAAUAACAAAGAUGAAAAUGAGGAGGAAAAUGAAGCGAGUGAGGAAACUCUGCAAGAGGAGGAGGAAUUAGUAUUUUUUGAACCAAAAAGCCCGUUCUUUCAAGGAACAUUGAAGUAUGGAGGUGGAGCUCUGGCAGGUUUAGUUCUAUGUGGGAUGAUCUACGAAAUAUUUCCAUGGCUGAGCGGAAGAAAAAUCAAGCAUUCAGGAAGGACCUGCCAGCAUGAGGACGAAAUGAGAGAACUUGUGGAGAACUUUUAUCAGGAUUUCACUCAGAAAUACAAACAACUAAGAAAGAAAAACAAAGACGUAAUCAAGUUCUGUAAAAAGCAUGGAAAAGGGACCAGUGGGUAUGUAAAGAAGGACAUCGACAAUGCCACUUGGUGGUGAUGCUGGUUAUUACAGUUUGCAUCUGGGAUGCAGACAGUCCUAUCAUAGCGGCGUCAAUUAUUACAUGAGCCAGCUAUGAUCUUGUUCACUUUGUUAAGUCUUACGGUGAAAAAACGUUGUAACCACAAUAGUUUAUAUGUGUAAGCUGAAUUAAACUCUCUUAAAGGAA